AUGGGAGCAGAUGCCAGCCAUGAGAAAGCUCAGGACCCCAACAGCAGCUUCUCCCCAUUGCAGCCCUCCUCCAGUUUCAAAACGUCCGCAACCAGAACUCGCCCCAAGGGCCCGGCGGUGGGGAUCGACUUGGGCACAACGUACUCCUGCAUCGCGGUCUGCCAGAACGGCAAAGUGGACCUCAUCGCCAACAGCCACAGCAGCCGGAUCACCCCCAGUUGCGUGGCCUUCACAGACCGGGAACGUCUGGUGGGAGAACCAGGAGAGACCCAAGUCGGUCUAAACCCGGAGAAUACGGUCUUUUGUGCCAAGCGGUUGAUGGGCCGCAGAUACGACGACCCCUCCGUCCAGUCCGAGCUGAAGAGCUUCCCCUUCCGAAUCGUUGAGAGCAGCCGCGGUGGGAAAGUCAAGGUUCAAGUGAUGGAGAAAGGCUUGGAGAAGUCCUUCUAUCCUGAGGAAGUCUCUGCCAUGGUCCUCUCCAGGCUGAAGCAGCUGGCCGAAAGCUACCUAGGACGACCGGUCACCCAGGCUGUCAUCACCGUGCCGGCCUACUUCAACGACACCCAGCGCCAAGCCACCAUAGAUGCCGGAGUCAUCGCCGGACUCGAGGUCUUGAGGUUGAUCAACGAACCUGCGGCGGCCGCCAUUGCGUACGGGAUGAACGACGGAAACAAGAGUGUCGCAAAGCAAAACGUCCUCGUCUUCGAUUUGGGUGGAGGGACCUUUGACGUCUCCGUCCUCUCGGUCCAGAGUGGGGUCUUUGAAGUGUUGGCCACGACGGGGGACACCCACUUGGGGGGUGAGGAUUUCGACCGGAGGUUGGCUGACCACCUCGCCCAGGAGUUCCAGAAACAACACAAGGAAGACCUCAGCCAAAGCAAGAAGGCAAUGCAGAGGCUGAAGGUCGCCUGCGAGAGGGCCAAGCGGACCUUGAGCUCCCACGCCAUCGCCGUCGUCUCCGUGGACUCCCUCUACAAGGGUAUUGACUUCCAAACAACCGUCACCAGAGCCACCUUUGAAGACCUCUGUUGCGACCUCUUCCAGGCCACAAUUCUCCACGUGAAAACGGCCCUGGAGGACGCUGGGCUGAAGAAGACCGACGUGGACGAGGUGGUCCUGGUGGGGGGUUCGACCCGCAUCCCUAUGAUCCAACGGCUCUUGUCUCAAUGCUUUGAGGGCAAGGCCUUGUGUAAAAGCAUCGACCCAGACGAAGCCGUGGCUCAAGGGGCGGCCAUCCAAGCAGCCGUCUUGACCGGCCACCGGUACGAGAAUCUGCAGAACCUUCUACUCUUGGAUGUGACGCCGGUUUCGUUGGGUCUGGAGACAGUCGGGGGCGUGAUGGACGUCGUGGUCAAGCGCAACUCCCCCAUCCCCACCAAGGAGACCCGGAACUUCUCCACCACGGAGGACAACCAACGCAGCCUAUUCUUGCAAGUCUACGAAGGUGAGCGGACGUUGACCAAACACAACCGGCUCCUGGGGACGUUGACGCUGAGCGGACUCCAGCCAGCCCCACGUUGCAUACCGGUCAUCGUGGUCACCUUCCAAGUGGACCACAACAAUAUCCUGACCGUCUCUGCCGUGGAGAGGAACACAGGACAUACCAGCCAGCUCACGGUCACGGACACACGAGGUCGGUUGGAUCAAGAGGAGGUCGAGCGGAUUGUCCGCGAGGAGGAAGCCUACCGGGCCCAAGAGAAGGCCGAGCAAGAGAAGGUGGAAGCCUUGAACUCCUUGGAGUCCAGCACCUUCCAGCUGAAGCGGGUGGCGGUGGAGGAGAAGUCCUUGGACAGCCGGGCCAAGAGGCGGGUAUUGGAGUUGUGCGAAGAGACCACGGCCUGGAUGGAGGGCAACCGGCACGCUCCAAAGAAGGAAUACGAAGAGCGGAAGAGGGAGCUGGAGGACGUCUGCUAUUCCGUCAUCACCCAUUUCAGUACAGAAGGAGAGGGGCCUUAA